AUAUAGAUUACAAGACUAUAACUUAAGCCCCCUUUGGCAUUGAAGGAGAUGGGGUUUUGGACCUUGUUGGAAGGUUUUCUUCUCUUUGCAAAUGCAUUGGCAAUACUAAAUGAAGAUAGGUUCCUUGCUAGAAGAGGGUGGACAUUGGCAGAAAUGACAGGCCCUCAGAGGAAUUCCCUUAAAGGACAAGUCUUGGGACUCAUAUAUGCAUGUCAAUUUUUAAGACUCCCCCUUAUAGUUUUGAAUAUCAUAAUUAUUAUAGUGAAGCUCUUCUCUGGAUGAGAAUUUUGAAUAUGUAUCACUGUGUUCUCUUCCUUCUUCAUGUUGUGUUUCAUGUGUAAAUUUGAGCUUUGUGCUUCUCCCCUGAUAGUUUAACUAUUACAUGAAGUUUAAUUCUGAGGUCCACUCGGUAGAAUUUUUCAG